GCAGGAACAAUAGCAUUGUGGGUAAAUAGGAAGACCGUUGUUUACCAUGGCGACGGGGACGCUACCAUUUCUUGUUAACGGAUUCAAAGUAUUUCUAACACUGUUUCUUUUAAUAUACACAGAUCGACUUAAUUGUCAGCAAUUUAUCGUUUCCUUUAAGGCGCCUUCUAAUUGUACCGUGGAAGAAUUUUUCGACAUCUCGAGCCUCUCGUGUGUGAGGUGCGGUCCAAAUCAACAACGCGACACAACAGGGCUGAGUUGCGUUUGCAAAACUGGGUACCAAACCCUCUUCACUGAUAAGGCAUCCAUUACUUGUCAGCAAUGUCCUCCUGACAAACCUGCAGUAACUAAAAGUGGGUUUGAAUGUAUUCGCUGUCCGGGCAGUCUCAGUCUCAGUGAUGAGGGGACAUGCCAGUGCCCAUCAGGGAACGUCCUGGUGGAGAGAGAUGUCAAUGGAAACCUUUUGAAUGAGGCCAGCUGUGAACCAUGCAAUCGAAAUGCUCCUUCUUUAUCUGUACCAAACAGUAGUGGAGACAGGUGUGAGAGAUGUCAGGCCACCUUCAUUAACACCUCCUGUACGUGUGACUCUCCUAAUGUCCUGGCAGGAGGAUUAUGUUUCCCUCCAGGCAGCCUGCCAACCAGUGUGAAUCCCAGUGUCAACUAUGCUCAGUUGAAGUUCAGCGUUCAGUCUGCCUGGUUUGUCAAAAACCUGUACUCCUCAUCAGCAGCCUGCCUUGUCUUCUCCAACCUGACUGCGUGUCAGGCUCUCGGGAACAUGUGUGUGAUGAACAUGCACUCCUUCAGUGGUGUGUCUACUGAUGCCUGCGGUCUCUUUAACACCAUCUUCAGAUCUAAAGCUGCUUUGAGCUCCACUCAAGACAUUUCCUACUGGAGAGGUAAUCUACCAUGGCUAUACUAUGGGGACGAACCAGGACUGGCUAGUCGAGUUCUUCAGACUGAGCCAGUUCCAAUAAGUUUCAGUUUCAGAGGAAGAAACAAGAACACUGACAUUAAGCUGCUUGCUGCUGUCUAUAAUGUUGGAGGAGAGUUCCUCAGAUGGGAACCUGUAGGAGGAGGAAAUCUCCAGCUCUGUCCAGGAUCAACCACCGAACAGGCAGCAGCCUUCAGCUUUGGAACUGCUUACCAACAAAGUUGUGUGCUCUCUGUAGCACACCUGCUGGCUGCCCAUCCAGAGCCGCUGUUCUACGAUGUGUUUAUGGAUCUUGGUGGAGAAGAGAACAAAAAACUUCUCCCCCUGCCCACAUUAGUCUACAACCAGCAAUACAAUGGACGGUUCAUCAACCAAGGUGGGAUUUCAUUUUUUAGAUUGGGUGUGUUUACGUGUGUUUGUUGCUUUAAUAUAUUUCAUGUGUUCACAGAGAGCAUGCAGAACUGGUACCUGUCUCGACGUAUGUUCUUUGUCGACACACUGAGUGGAAGAGAGAAGAGCAGUUUACCACCUAAAGUCAUCCGUGUUGCCAGCAGUGUCAAAAUAAGGUUUCAGUUGGUUCCAAGAACUCAGGAAGGAAAAGUAUUUCCCCCUUUAAUGACUGUCACAUACAUAGAUGUUCCCAUCACGGACAUCGAUAGACAAACUGUGUCUACGGCGUUUGCAGUGGAGUAUGAGAUGGAUCAGAGCGAGGCUCGCAUCAAGACAGAUACUGCUCUCGGCGUGAUGGGUGGUGUAGCCGUACUCUACUCUCUGCUGAAGACGGUCAGCUGGAAGAGGAGGAUCGCCUCCUCGCUUAUUGAUGUGGAGACUAUGCUGAAGUUUUUGUUGUUUUAUGCCGGAGAUCUGGCCAACGUUUUCUUCGUCGUCACAGUGGGAACUGGACUUUACUGGCUCAUCUUUUACAAGGCCCAACAGUUUGUAUCGGUGCUGUUACCACUACCUGGUCAGGAGGAGCAGUUUGUGACGUACAUUGGUUGUGCCUUUGCGCUCAAGACUAUACAGUUUCUCCACAAGUUGAUCCUUCAGGUGUCAGUUGACAUAUUCUUUAUUGACUGGGAGCGGCCACGAAGCAAAGGAACCAAGACUGCGCAAGCUGCUGGCGAGCCGAGACGUGAUUCCUCUCCGGUCAGCAUCUGGAGGACUUACUUUGUGGCCAACGAGUGGAACGAGAUACAGACCAUCCGCAAGAUCAGCCCAACUUUUCAGAUCAUGGCUGUGCUCUUCUUUCUUGAAGUACUGGGUUUCUCUAACCUGGCCCUGAGAGAUCCCUGGUCCAGUUUGAAGCGCUCCGCAGAGGCAUACACUCCACCAUACAGCCUGAUACUGCGCUACAGUCUAGCAGCCACACUAUGGCUCUGCAUCGGACUUCUACAGGUGAUUUACUUCACUGUGCUUCAUGAGCACUUUGUGGAGGACAAAAUCCGUCAGUUUGUAGAUCUCUGCUCCAUCAGUAAUAUUUCUGUGCUGCUGUUAUCUCACCGUUGUUUUGGCUACUACAUCCAUGGACGUUCAGUACACGGACAUGCAGAUACAAACAUGGAGGAAAUGAACAACAAUCUGAAGAGAGAAAGCGAGUCGCUGUGUGGAAAGAGGGGUCUACUUCCCAACACAGAAAUGCAGACCUUUCAAGUGUCUCUCAACAAUCGUCUGCGGUCACAGUAUGAGAGAAUACGUGAGCCGCUCAUCCGGAGGGGUGGGCCCUCGCGGCUGAUGGACUCAUGCUCGGCUAACCAGUUUGAGCAGAACACUAGAGCCUACCACACCAUGAACCACUUCCUGGGAUCAGUUAUAGACCAUGCCCACCCUGAGAUGGACUACAUAGUUAAGGAUAAGCUGACGUUUGAGAGGGUCAUAGGGAUGGAGUUCCUUGAACCCAGUGAAAAAAGCAUCUUUUACAACGAUGAGGCCCACUCUUUCAGUGACGUGCUGUUUUAUGGAAAUGAGGCCACGCUGCUGAUCUUUGACACCUUGUUUUUCUGUAUAGUCGACCUUGGAUCUCAGAGCUUUGUGCUUGCAGCUGUGCUUACAUACGUACAGCAAAUGAUAUUUCGCGUGAUCCGUAACACUCUCGGGAGGAAGAACCUUGUCAGCAAGACUCUGGUGGAUGAGAGAUUUCUGAUAUGAUAUUUCCUGCAAAGUAAUUGGUAGUUUCAGUGUUUGUUAAGUGACAUUUCUCUUCUAGAUGUUUACUGUUUUUUGUACUUUUCAUUACACUGUAUUUUCACUGCUUCUUCAUGAUGUAAAUAUAAGUUUUGUAAAGAUUUUCAUGUUUUUAUUGAUUAAAAUAUUUUCCUAUGUGUUUUGA